GUUAAGUCGAUUCUCGAAUGUAUCGAAAGCCUCUCGAAAAUCUCGAAGUGUAUUGUUGCCUCUUUUCCGUCGCUCUGAUUGGUUUUUACGGUGUUACAUGCUUCGUGUUAUGUAAGUACUAUUUGUCAUUUGACAUCGCGAAGGUUAUAUUGACAGUACAAUGCAAAAAUAAUAAGAGAAAAUAAUUACGAAGAAGAAUUUUUAAGAGUGCAAACUUCGAAAGAUACGCGGUCAACAUUCGUGAAUCUUUCGGACCUUUCAACCUAUCAUCUUUGAUAUUGUAAAUAAAGAUUGUUUCUGAAUUGAUCUCUGAGAAAGUUAAUAAGUGUUUCCAUAUAUCUUCAAAAUCAGAGAAAACGAGUACGAACCAUUGGUGUGAGAGAGAUUUUUCGAAGAAGAAUCCAGUUUGGUGACGGACAUAAUCUGUUAGAAGAACUCCGUUUUAAUGAUCCGCACUUUUUUUUUAUUUAUACAAGAAUGAAUGUUGAAAGAUUCGAGUAUCUCUUGAGUUUAAUUGGUCCACUGUUAAAGAAACGAAAAAUGUACACUACUCUUUUACCCUCUCAGAGACUUGCCAUAACAUUAAGGUUCUUGGCAGCAGGAGACAGUCAGGGUACUCUGAGCUUUUCCUAUAGAUGUGGCAAGAGCACUAUCUCUCAGAUCCUGGCUGAAACUACUCGAGCACUUGUAAGUGUUUUGAAGAAUGCAUUUGUAAAGCCUCCUGCAAAUGAAGCGGAGUGGCGUGAGGUGGCUGCUGGAUUUUGGGAAGAAUGGCAGUUUCCCCAUUGUGUGGGAGCCAUCGAUGGGAAGCACAUUCAAAUGCAGGCCCCACAAGCUUCUCAAAGUAUUUACUUUAAUUACAAGAAAACAUUUAGCAUAGUUCUAUUGGCAGUUUGUGAUGCAUACUACAAUUUCAUCAUGCUCGAUGUAGGAGCAGAAGGCUCACAAAGUGAUGGCGGAAUUUUUCAAUCGUCUGAAAUGGGUCGGCGAUUGAAUGAUGGAUCUAUUAAUUUGCCAAAUUCGAGUAACCUACCAGAAACUGAUAUUGAUAUGCCUUACUUCCUUGUAGGAGAUGCAGCUUUCCCUCUGAAAUCUUACCUAAUGAAACCCUAUGGCGAACGUAACAUAUCUCAUGACAAGUCUGUGUAUAACUUUAGGUUGAGCAGAGCAAGAAGAGUGAUUGAAAAUGCCUUUGGCAUUUUAGCAGCUCGUUGGAGAGUUUUUCGUCGCCCUAUUAUUAGUAAAGAAGACAAUGUGGAAAGCAUUAUUGAAUGUACUAUUUGCCUCCACAAUUUCAUCCUUAAGACAGGCAACAAGAAACUCAACCUGGAGUACUGCCCUCCUUCGUUUGUGGAUCAAGAAUUGCCAACUGGCGAAUUGAUAGAAGGAGAAUGGCAUGAUGUUGUCAGUGGGGAAAAUGGAGCCAUCAUUAAUGGUCCACGGAUGGGUGCAAGAAAUGCUGCUCUAGGAAUUUUAAAACAGAGAGAUGCACUGAAGGAAUUCGUGAAUGGGCCUGGGGUUAUGCGCCAUCAAGACACUAUUGUGAGGAUCCGGCAAGGAAUUAUCCCCCCUCAAGAUCUACACUUACUGCCAUGAGUUUUUUUUUUAAUUAAAUAAAUCUUAAUACAAAACAUGAAUAAA